AAGGCUCAACCAAUCAUCCGACGGAUAAUAAUGACUUUUCCUCCGCUAUCCUAUGAAAGGAAAGUUCGCAUCCGGUCUUGCAGUGGGAGGAGUGGCCAGGUGUCACGUGGUGUCCGUCAUCUCUUAUAUACAUCAAGUUCACCAGUCCACAGAAUGCGUCGCGUAAGGACAUGCAAGGUAUUUGUUUUGCCGUCUUCGACGAGUCAAAAGCAAUAGAACAGGUUUGAAGUGGUAUCUGUAAAUAGAAUAUAGGUUGCACAGCUCUGUAAAGAAAACAACAUGGCUUAAUGCGUCGGAAUAAACGCCAAGAUUAGAGCAAAAAUGGCCCUGAAGUUUUCCUAAAUUCGGAUUUUUCCUUGGGUCCGAAUUUACCGCAUCAACUGCGACUGUAACGCGCUCGGAUCUACCACCAAAAGCGGUCUUUCUUUAGACACAAUAGUAGUCCUACUGUACACAUUUGCUUUGGAAUACUUUUAUAUCUAGAUAGCUGUUCCAAGAGUGGAGAAUGGAGCCAGGUAAUUGUCGUAUGAAUGGCGGUGGUGGACUCGACGGUAUCGUUGGUGGUGGAGGCGGUGAUUCCUCAUAUGGGAUGAUCACGCUAGAGGACCUGGAAUCUUUUUCGGAAGACCAGCUGUCAGAUUCGGGCACUGGGAGUCUGGAAGAGGAGGGUGAGACGAUGGAAGACGAAGAGCAGCAAGACAGAUUGCUGCGCUACUGGCAGGACGCCGCACGCGGACACCAAGUGGAAGUGCCUAGAGGUAAAGCAUUUGGGAUUAAGCGCACACACUACAGUUCGAAUUGAGAAAGUAAUACGGGUUUUGAAUGGGCAAUUCGCUUGUGACGUUGUAUAGACAGUAUAAACAAAACGGUUCACACUGAUUGUGACAACAAAGUGCAAUGUUGGCUACUUUGUUUUUAUUUCCUGUUUCAUUGAUUGCCCUAGUUUUCUGCGAGGGAGAUCAGAUCAGAUCAGCCAACCAGUUCAAACUAUAACUAUUCAGGUAGUCGUGGUCAUCAACGUGCCUGACAUUGUCAUUCGCUCACACAAAUAAAGUAUACUUGAUUCAAAAAUAGACAUCCAGUGACUAUUGAAACCCUUAAACCGUUGUCGACACUUUUUACACUGGCGGUCAAUGUUGACGGCUGUCAAAACAAACUGCUACAGUGCGUUGUGGGUGAUUUGCUGUACCCCAGCCAAGAAACUGGAGACGUUGUAACACACAGAACGCAAAUAUUAGACACUUUCACAUAAAGAGCGCAAACAUUACACACUUUCACAUCAAGAGCGCAAACAUACAUGUAUACAGUCACUCAGAUACAGUACUAUUGUAACUUGGUUAGUCACAAUGUAUACUCAAAUUGAUUUAACAUAAUGUACUUCAUCUAAUGGAAAUCCUAGACUGUGAAUGGUCUUAGUGACUGACGUGAGAAAAUUAGGGUCUGCAUGUAUUUGUAGCCUACUAAGAUACAAGUGCUGCUUGUAGCAGUAACAUGACUGUGAUGUCACUUAGCUGCAAUAUGUACCUUUUUGGGUGAGUUAUAGAUCUGUCAUUUUCAUCGAAAGCCAGUCUAAGAAGCGGUAGAUCUGUUCUGUGUGCACUAUUCUAUGCUUCCCGUUUAGUUUUUGUAUCUUUUUACAUUCGGUUUUGUACACAAGCUGAAAAUACAAUAUUUUUGGUUAUUGAAAAUAUAAUUCACAGCGGUUUAGAUGGUACAAUGAUUAUCAACACACUAUACAUUGCUUGUUUUGUCACAUGAAAUUAGGUGAACGUUACAAUUUUUGUAACAGGGGAAAAGGCAGAGCAAUUUCUGCAUAUUGCACCUUUUUAAAGCCCCGUUUAUACCUCUGAUAAUUUUCACCAUGUGGCUAGAAGAGGUAGCCUGGGUACCAGUCUAACUAACCUUCCACACAAAAAAAUGUAGUAGAAGGACUGGAUGCUGACACCUGAGAAAUCGUGACUUGUCAAAAAUGAUUAGUGAGGAAAAAUCUGCACAUCCAAACAAGUUGUCGUUCGCAUCCCAGUCUGUUGACCGAUGCCAGUUAUGUUACGUGCAUCGUCCACGAGAGAUUAGAGGAAAACCAAUCAAACUAGAAUGCAAGGGUAGAUUUGGACCCAUUACAUGGGGAGCCUUGGUUACUAUAAAUGAAUGAAUGGAUUAUGGUACUUAGAACUAGGGCCGGAAUGAUACCAGUAUCGCGAUACUCGUUAGUAUCGUGGCAAGAAAACAAAACACGAAGCGGAUUUCACUUCUUUAGGAAAACAACCCCUAAUGUUGGAAACAAAACAUUAUGUUGUCAUCCAGAGUCACAUGUAUUUAUUUUCCAAGCUAUAGCACACAAUAUUUUACAUGCAGCAGGUUUUUAAAGGACCAAAGGGUGAUUCUGCUUCGUGUUUUAAUUUCUGCCAUGGAAAAAAAUAUUGCGAUACUGGUAUCGCCACAGCUGUACUUAGAACACUAACUAACUAAAAGUAAAACAAUUGAAAUGUUGAACUUACCCCUAAGUAAAGAACAAAAUAUUGAAAGCAAUGUUUCAGACUCUGUAAAUGGCAUAACUUCUUCCUACCCUACCCCUGGGGGAAAAUUAUAGCCUAUAAAUUCCAGAAUACAGUAAUGGCUGAAAAAUGAUGGAGAAGGUGAAUAUUUUGGCCUGAAUUUAAAGCCCCUGCCCGAGGUUAACAUGAGGCAACACUGAGUGAGCCAAUUACCCCUAACGCUAGAAUGCAGAUUGCAGCGGACUGAAUGUACGUACAGUCAAAGGGAUAGAGCUCCUGUUGCACACAGUCAGGACGGCCGGCUGGUUGAACUGCGACCAGAUUUGCACCCAGAAUGCUUCUGCCCUGUGCAGAAUGGAAAUGGAGGCAAGUUGCACCUGAACUACUUCUAGGGCCUCUGGAAUGCAGACUGGGUGUGCAUCGGGCGGCCAGCAGCAGCAACAACAGAGGACUGAAACGGUACACGCAGACUGGGUUGUCUAUGCAGCUGUCCCCAGAGUCAAGUCUCAACCUCUGAGCCUGACUAGUACUAAUGGUGUUAAAGCUAAACUGAACCAAAAAAAUUGAAACGCAACAUGUAAAGUGUUGGUCCCAUGUUUCAUGAGCUGAAAUAAAAGAUCCCAGACAUUUUCCAAAUGCAUAAAAAGCUUAUUUCUCUCAAAUUUUGUGCACAAAUUUGUUUACAUCCCUGUUACUGAGAAUUUAUCAUUUGCCAAGAUAAUCCAUCCACCUGACAGGUGUGGUAUAUCAAGAAGCUGAUUAAACAGCAUGAUCAUUACACAGAUGUGCUGGGGACAAUAGGACACUCUGAAAUGUGCAGUUUUGUCACAACACAAUGCCACAGAUGUCUGAAGUUUUGAGGGAGCGUGCAAUUGGCAUGCUGACUGCAGGAAUGUCCACCAGAGCUGUUGCCAGAGAAUUGAAUGUUAAUUUCUCUACCAAAAGCCGCCUGUGUAUGACAGCGUGUUCCAGUUCCUGCCAAUAUUCAGCAAUUUUGUACAGCCAUUGAAGAGGAGUGGGACAAGAAUUCACAGGCCACAAUGAACAGUCUGAUCAAAUCUAUGCGACGGAGAUGUGUAAGAGGCAAAUGGUCACACCAGAUACUGACAGAUUUUCUGAUCCACGCCCCCUACCUUUUUUAUUUAUUAUUGUUUUAUUUUGAUUUUAAGUAUGUGACCAACAGAUUCAGAUCUGUAUUCCCAGUCGUGUAAUUCAUAGAUUAGGGCUUAAUUUAUUUAUUUCAAUUGACUAAUUUCCUUAAAUGAACUGUAACUCAGUAAAAUAUUUGAAAUGGUUGCGUUUUUAUAUUUUUGUUCACUGCAGAGUCUAGGUUUUCAUCACAGACCAGUAGGGCAGUAUGAUCAGCAGGGCACACCCAGAGUCAAGUCAACCUCGGAGCCUGAAUAGUACCACUGGUGUUCAAUCUAGAUCGUAGGUUAUCACUACAGUCUAGUAUGUUCAGUAGGACAACCUAGUAAAACAUAUGGUUAUUAUUGGACAAAUCCGUAGUUGAGUUGAAGUAGGCUAGUGGCAGAGCCACAGGGUAGAAAUGCAUGCUAUUUUGGUUGGAGGUGUAGGCAGCUGAACAUUGAGUGACGAGGACUGCUAAAUUAAGUUCUAUGGUAUGCUGCUUAAUGAGUUCUGGUUAGACUGGGUCUUGGGCUCCCGCCUGUUCCCUCUCUCUUCUCAGACUAACCGUUGGGGCAUUCUGACUCAACGGAUUAGCUAUAGUUUAGCCUGCUCUGGUUGAGGGAAAACUUGGGCUAUUAAAUCCUGUCUUAAAAUACUGUGUGGGUAAACCUCUUUGCUCACCCUCCCUCCCUCUCUCUCGUGGGCUGUGAAGCACGUUCAAGGUUUAGUUAAUUUAAUACCAUCGCCUUAAGUGUCCAUUGUCACUACCACCCUAGUAAAACACUGUCCAUUGUCACUACCACCCUAGUACAACACUGGAAUUGCCCUAAUCUGAUAGGGAUUUAGAGGGAUCAUUCGCAGUAUUGUGCUGUAGUCAGUUAGGCUGGUUAGAAUUCUUACAGUAAAUAAGAAGCAUUUAAAAAUCUCCCUGAGAGUAGCAUAUUCAGGUGUUGAUUGCACCGUCAGCCCCGUGUGUACAAGGGUGCAUGUAGCAUGCCUCAACUUCAGGCUCCAUAAACAGACAAACGUCAGCCAUAAUAAAAAUGGGCCAUCUAGACGUGGAUUUCUCUGGAGCCAUUGUUCCAGUUCCUAUGUUGACAUUCCGAUCUGAUCCCAAGAGCUUAGUACGACUCAGCAACUGGACAAACAAACAUCAACAAGUACACAAAACAGCACUUGAAUCAUUUGUCUGGACAUUUAACAAUGACGCUAAUCCCCAGAUAAAUCUGGUAGGCUAUUCUUCCAUUUUGCAAGAAUGUUCCGAAUGCCUUAAGACGUGUAAAUAAUAGAUCUCUGGUUUUAGUCGUUUUUAAAGUAUAUUGAGUUAGUCUCUUACCCCAUCGUGUGCCAGAGGUUUGACACGCCUGCCCUAGACCCAGACUAGUGUGACUGAGACUGAAGAUAGUAUAGUGCAGGGGUACUCCAGUACUAUUUGAGAAGGUCCGGUCACACAUUUCCUAGGUGGCAAAGGUCCAGAUGGAUAAUGUAAUUUGUCGGCGUAGUAACAAACCCCCCCCCCCCCCCCCCCAAACUGUUCACACCCCUCUUGUUGGCGGAGAGAACAUUUUGCAGUUUUAAAGCUAAUUUCCCGCAAUUCUACAAAUUUUUCCAUGUCUUAUGUGUGUUUAAAUGAUACCAGGGGUUGAAGGUUGUGGUCCUCUGUAGCUCAGCUGGUAGAGCACGGCGCUUGUAACGCCAAGGUAGUGGGUUCGAUCCCCGGGACCACCCAUGCACAAAAAAAAUUUAUGCACGCAUGACUGUAAGUCGCUUUGGAUAAAAGCGUCUGCUAAAUGGCAUAAUAUAUAAUAUAUUAUUAUAUAUUAUUAUUGAAGCUCGACCGAGGUGUAAAAACAAAAAAUACACAAAGAAAAACACAAAUACUAAAAAUAAAUCGUAAAAUUCAUUUAUAAAAAAUAUAAAUAGGUAUAUGUUAGCUAAACUGUCCAACGCUGGUCAGAAGUUUCCUAAAGUUACUGGGUGACCAGUGUACACAUACACUGUCAGUCCAUUUCCAAAUCACUCCCCUGAUCAGUGAUUUAGAGUUUGCUGUGCUUAGCCCACAGAAAGGGCCGCUUAGCCCACAGAAAGGGCUGCUUAGCUCACUUCACUUGUGUCUUGCUCUCCAACUCCACAAAGCGGCUUCUUUUACAACUCCAAUGCUUGUGGCUGCUCGGGUAAACCAAACUGAUGGAAAAAUAUACUGACAUUCAUAUGAUUGAAAAUCUAUGCUAUUGAAAUAAUCUAAUUUUAAUUAUUCACACCUCACAGGUUGGAAAUUCUGAGUACUAUGGUUUCCUAUCCUUGGAUUCCAGGGUAUUUUAAUAGCUAUUAUUGAUACAUUCAAGAUGGCUCUAUCUGGUAUCAGUGUGGGUAAUGCCUGCUGCAGCCAUAAACAGACAUGGUGUGACCGACUAAAUAGCAGGGCCAGAGACGGAACCGAUACUUGUCCAGUCACAGUUGGUAUCCAAUGCCAAGGAAGGAUAGCCUACAUUCAUUAGGAGUAGUCCUGCUGAAUGGGAGAGGUGGGGCGGCUAGAGAAAACACAGCCCCUUGACGACAGCUAUAACGGGGAGGAAAGUCGAUGGAAUUUGUCAUUAUUAACAUCGAAGAGGUGAAGUUGGUGCUUGCUGUGUUUUACAGAGAACCUCUCUUUCGUAACGUCUGAGAUCCCCAGUGAUUGGAAAGGUGUCGCGAUCAUCCCCCUCUUCAAAGGGGGUGACACUCUAGAUCCAAACUGUUACAGACCUAUAUCCAUCCUGCCCUGCCUUUCGAAAGUAUUUGAAAGCCAAGUUUAACAAACAGAUCACCGACCAUUUUGAAUCCCACCGUACCUUCUCCGCUAUGCAAUCUGGUUUCCGAGCUGGUCAUGGGUGCACCUCAGCCACGCUCAAGGUCCUAAACGAUAUUAUAACCGCAAUCGAUAAAAGACAGUACUCCGCAGCCGUCUUCAUCGACCUGGCCAAGGCUUUCGACUCUUUCAACCACCGCAUUCUUAUUGGCAGACUAAAUAGCCUUGGUUUCUCUAAUGACUGCCUCGCCUGGUUCACCAACUACUUCUCAGAUAGAGUUCAAUGUGUCAAAUCGGGGGGCCUGUUGUCUGGACCUCUAGCUGUCUCUAUGGGUGUGCCACAGGGUUCAAUUCUUGGGCCGACUCUAUUCUCUGUGUAUAUCAAUGAUGUCGCUCUUGCUGCUGGUGACUCUCAGAUCCACCUCUACGCAGACGACACAAUUUUGUAUACAUCUGGCCCUUCAUUGGACACUGUGUUAACAAACCUCCAACGAGCUUCAACGCCAUACAACACUCCUUCCGUAGCCUCCAACUGCUCUUAAACACUAGUAAAACUAAAUGCAUGCUCUUCAACCGAACGCUGCUUGCACCCGCCCACCCGACUAGAAUCACUACUCUCGGCGGGUCUGACCUAGAGUAUGUGGACAACUACAAAUACCUAGGUGUCUGGUUAGACUGUAAACUCUCCUUCCAGACUCACAUUAGGAAUCUCCAAUCCAAAGUUAGAUCUAGAAUCGGCUUCCUAUUUCGCAACAAAGCCUCCUUCACUCAUGCUGCCAAACAUGCCCUCGUAAAACUGACUAUCCUACCGAUCCUUGACUUCGGCGAUGUCAUUUACAAAAUAGCCUCCAACACUCUACUCAGCAAACUGGAUGUAGUCUAUCACAGUGCCAUCCGUUUUGUCACCAAAGCCCCAUAUACUACCCACCACUGUGACCUGUAUGCUCUUGUUGGCUGGCCCUCACUACAUGUUUGUCGCCAAACCCACUGGCUCCAGGUCAUCUAUAAAUCACUGCUAGGCAAAUCCCUGUCUUAUCUUAGCUCACUGGUCACCAUAGCAACACCCACCCGAAGUCUGCGCUCCAGCAGGUAUAUCUCACUGGUCAUCCCCAAAGCCAACACCUCAUUUGGCCGCCAUUCCUUCCAGUUCUCUGCUGCAAAUGACUGGAACGAACUGCAAAAAUCUCUGAAGCUGGAGACUCUUAUCUCCCUCACUAACUUUAAGCAUCAGUUGUCAGAGCAGCUUACCGAUCACUGCACCUGUACACAGCCAUUCUGAAAUUAGCCCACCCAACUACCCCCAUAUUGGUAUUUAUUUUGCUCAUUUGCACCCCAGUAUCUCUAUUUGUACAUCAUCUUUUGCACAUCUAUCAUUCCAGUGUUAAUUACGAAAUUGUAACUAUUUUUGCACUAUGGCCUAUUUAUUUAUUGCCAUACCUCCAUCACUUACUACAUUCGCACACACUGUAUAUAUAUUUUCUGUUGUAUUUUUGACUUUAUGUUUUGUUUACCCCAUAUGUAACUCUGUGUGUUUUUAUUGCACUGCUUUGCUUUAUCUUGGCCAGGUCGCAGUUGUAAAUGAGAACUUGUUCUCAACUGGCUUACCUGGUUAAAUUAAAAAAAUAUAAAAAAUAAUAAGUGCAGUAGAGUAAUUUCAUGGCAUACUGUUGGCUGUGUAUGUCUGCCUUGGGCAGCUUGGCAUCCUCCCCUCUGUCAGUGCUCAUACACGUCACUCUGUGGUAAACUGGCACUGUGCCCUGGCUGACAUGACAAAGCCUUUCUCACGCCAUCGCCAGGCAAAGCUGGCUAGUCGUGAGUUAUUGGAAGAGCUGUAACAGUAGGUAUAGUCUUUAGACUGAACACUAUCGUCUAUAGACUGCAAGAGGAAACCUAGACUGGUACUAGUAGCAGCUACAGUGGUCUACAUUUGACCUCUAUUAGACAGGUUGGCAGAUAAUACCAGUUUUUCUGAAUUUAUAGAGCCCAAGUCAGGAAAUGUAAGAGAACAUGUUUAGUUAUGUGGUCCUCUGUAGCUCAGCUGGUAGAGCACGGCGCUUGUAACGCCAAGGUAGUGGGUUCGAUCCCCGGGACCACCCAUACACAAAAAAAAAAAAUGUAUGCACGCAUGACUGUAAGUCGCUUUGGAUAAAAGCGUCUGCUAAAUGGCAUAUUAUAUAUUAUAGUUAGUAGGACUAUAGCAUUGUCAACAAGCAUACAACCUCUGACAUUUGUUCUACUUGAAGUUAGGUUUGCAAAAUUCCCAAAACUUGUGAAGUUUCUGGACUAUGGCGACCCUACUUGAACCUUUUGAUUUAACUCAAUAAAGAUUUACCAAGUCUUUGUUUUUCUCACCAAAACAGACAUGGCCGAGCCCAUCCAGCAGAUCACCAGCAACAACAACGGCCAACACGACCGGGAGCGCGUCCCCUUCACCCUCAUCACACGUAAGGAGAAGGCAAGUCUAUGAUUGACUCAUUCACCAACAAACCAAUGUCUACUCUGCCGGCCAAGCAACAAGACUAUGUUUGGGCGGAAGACCGUGUACCGGGGUAUUUUGAAACAUAAUGAUUUUUAAUAUCUAGGAUUUGCCAAGUAAAUGCUCCAGCUAUGCAUUUGGUUUACUAACUUGCUAGGUAAGUGGCUAGCUUGCAAGAUAAAGCUUCUUGGUUACAUCAGAGAUGGAUCCAUCCUCUCCUGUAUCAAGAUCCCUACUGUCUAAUAUUUGUUUUGUGCGUGCAACAAACUGUGAGUAGCCUUUUGAGACAGUUAUAGAACUUUUAUGAGCUGGGUUGUCUGUCCUUGCAAUUAGUUUGUUUGCUUUUGCUUGUUAGCAUUUAUCUAGCGUCCGCUAUGGGAAUUCCCUAGUACUUUGUUAGCGUAAUUGGACGUUUUUUUUUUUUUUGGAACGAAAUGGCGCCCCUUAACUGCCGGUUAUACCGUAUAAAAAAAUCUGGAUACCGCCCAACCCUUACUAAGACUCAUUGUAAAAUAUCUGGUCCUAUUCUCUUAAUUCACACAACACGACACGUCACUUCCGGCUGCACGAAAAUUAGGCUAGGGUGGGAAACCGAGACCAGAAACCUAGGCAACGCAGUCAAACAUGUUGUACUGCAGCGUUCCUGGAUGUAACUCCUACAAAGGAGGGAGUCAUGCCGAGAAUGAACUUCUCACCGUUUCCCCAAAGACCCACACUACGACGCCAAUGGGUGGUGAAAAAUAAAAUUCAUGUCGGGCCACAUUUGAAGGUAAGAUUGUAUGUACGCACUCACUAACUGUAAGUCGCUCUGGAUAAGAGCGUCUGCUAAAUAACUAAAAUGUAAUGUAAUGUAAAUGUAAGUUAAUGUUGCUGGUUAGCUUAGCUAGCUAGUUAGCUAGCCAGCUAGGCUAACACAGCCACCAGUUAGCUGAGAACGGCUAAUGUUGGCCAACUUAGUAGCUAGCUUUGCAUCUUACCAAUAUAGAUAGUUCUGAAGCUUGACAACUAAACUGGAUGAACAUUUCCCUACACAGAUAACUGAUAACACUAAAGUGUGUUCAAAACACUUUGUGGACUCUUUUUGUGAAAGACCAUAUGUGGGAAAAUGAUGCUAAGGGAGCGGGUUGUGCAGACUGUUCACCUGGACGUCCACUCCAAAGCCUGGUAGGCCUACCCUCAAGCUUUUCUGAUGAUGGUCCUCCUAUCUAGUGUAGCUUACCCCCAAACUAGGUAGACUCCUUAAUCAACUGUGACGUAUUUUUCUGUGUUACAGUGAGACUGCCUGUCAUGGAGAGGGAGCACCUGCUGAGGAGCCAGAUGAGCUAAGGUAGUCUAUUAUUACAUGUAUCUGUUCUGUCAUUUUCAAUAGUUCAUAACCGAUUUUAUGUAACCUAACCUUAUAUCUGGAUGAGGUCCACUGGAUGAGGACCCUCAAGCUGAGAACAUGGCUUGCCAAAUCUUGCUCAGGUAUAGACUUGCUAUCAGAACUUCAGUCACUUUAAGGUUUUUUGUGGGUUUGCAUUAUUUGGUUUAACCUGUCACUAGCUCCCAAUUACAAUAUUUCACAAUGAAUACUUAGUUUCUGCACUGUCUUCUCUGAAUAUAGGCCAUGCAAGUUAAUGCAGUUUUUCUGUCAGCGUUUCACUGACAGAAAAGGAACUCAAAGUAUGAAUUUGCAUGGCCUGUAUUUGGAAUAGAAGAUGUAGAGCUGAUAGUAUUCAUUUUAAAAGCAUGUAGCUGGGCUUGUCAAAAGCAUUUUUGCCUUUUCACCUUACAGUUCUGCCGAUGAGGUGGAGGCCAACGUACCACACCCUAACCAUCCAUUACGAUCAGAAUCCUCUGCCUGUGGCGGAGCAGCUUGAAGAGGCACGCAAAGAGGUCGCUCGUCAGGCUGAGGAAAUUGAAACACCUCAGGCAAACCAGUUCCUCCUUCAACGCUUCUAGUGUGACAACAAGAAAAUCAUAUUUUUACACUGGAUGUAGGGACUACAGUACUCUAAAAGCUGUUUUUCUGCCUUUACAGCCGACAGCAGAAACCAUGGUUACACGGCGUCAGGUACAGCGCUUAAACAAAACAGAUUAACACACUUAGACGUGGCUUUAGCACAUAAACCCCUAAUGGGUCAGUGCUUCCUCUUUCUGUGCUGUGUUAGACAGACUUCCUUAAACUGGCGUUAGCUGUUUGUUUCAAUGCAUCACAGUCCACGGUCAGUAGGAUAUGUGUCACCUGCAUGAACUACCUUUUUUAUGUCAUGCUAGGAUCCCUUUCAGUUUGGCCUUCAAGGGGAACUGUUAAUGAGCUGAUGCCCCUCUGUUUCAGGAACACUUUCCCAUGUACCAGAGUAAUACUGAAAUGCAUGUGCAAAGGCCUAGCUCAGAAGUGCUUAACUCAGAAACACUAACUAUAUUGAACAAAAAUAUAAAUACAACAAUUUAAUUGAUUUUACUGAGUUACAGUUCAUAUAAGGAAUUCGGUCAAUUGAAAUAAAUUCAGUAGGCCCGACUAUGGAUUUCACAUGACUGGGAAUACAGAUAUGCAUCUGUUGGUCAAAGAUACCUUAAAGAAAUGGGCCUCACAAUGGGCCUCAGGAUCUCGUCAUUUUUGUGCAUUCAAAUUGCCAUCGAUAAAAUGCAAUUGUGUUCAUUGUCCGUAGCUUAUGUCUGCCUAUACCAUAACCCCACCGCCACCAUGGGGCACUCUGUUCACAAUGUUGACAUCAGCAAACCGCUGGCCCACACAACGCCAUACACGUGGUUUGCGUUUGUGAGGCCGGUUGGACGUACUGGCAUAUUCUUUAAAACGACAUUGGAGGUGGCUUAUGGUAGAGAAAUGAGCAUUCAAUUCUCUGGCAAAAGCUCUGAUGGACAUUCCUGCAGUCAGCAUGCCAAUUGCACGCGCCCUCAACUUGACAUGUGGCAUUGUGUUGUUUGACAAAACUGCACAUGUUAGUGGCCUUUUAUUGUCCACAGCGCAAGAUGCACAUGUGUAAAGAUCACGCAUCGCUUGCAGUACGGUUUUGGAAGCAUAAGGACCUUAUCUAUCUUAUCAGCGACAGAUCAUUUUAAAGAAAAGGUUACAUUGUUACACACCUUUUUAUAGUGUUCCCACAUAGCCAUAUCGCCAUGUUACAACGUGUGUUUAUGAAAGAGGGAGGGACCACCUGUGCUAAUUAGCUAUCUAGCAUGCGCCGAACACCUGUGUGUAAUGGAAGAAGGCCGGCAGAAACGUAUUGUCGCUGAAAAAUACUGUCGGCUGAAACUGGGAUAACCGGUUUUAAAAAAGUAUGUGUAUAUUUAGCAUUUAUGAAAUUAUUUGAAAGUGAAGGGCUUUGUUUCUAGAACUGUAUCACAAUUUAGAAUCGAUUCAUUUUUAGAUGGAGUAUUUGUCUUUUUGUUGCUUCCAGAGCCAGUCUACCUCUGAAGAUCCUUUGGACCUUCAGGAGUAACGGCAGGCUCCUUGAGAGUACAUCUUGGGCUAGGGAUUAUCUAGAAGAGGUACAUUUUAUAAAUGUGUACGUAAAAUAAUGUAGAAAGAUGAAAAUGUAUUUUGUUUAGUUGUCUAGCCUAUUAAUUGUAACACAUAUAAACAAUUCAUAAAUGUUUGUACUCUAACAAUAAACUAUGAUAAAUUCAUCCUGCGUAGCUGUCCUUUUUACUUGUAUAGGGCUAGCAUGAAAUGCUGGGAAAAGAAAUCGCCCAGUUUGCACUUCAUCUUUUCCCACUUGUCUGCAUCAAAGUUUAUUCUCUCCAGGUGAUAGUCAUCGUUGCAUACCACAAAGAAGUCACACCAUUUGGUUCCUGUGAUACCCAUUUGAUAGUGAUAAUCGUGAUUCUGUUUUAAGGAGAAAGUACUCUGUAGAUUUGCAGCAAGGCUGUCCGUGUCUUACCCUCGAGCACACCCUUUUGAAAUGAGAUUAGGUUAAUGCGCUGAGAGCGCACAAUAUGCCAGAUAUUGUUAAUUUGCUCUCCUAGUUUCCUUCUGCGUCUGAUUUGUCUGACUUGUCUCCAUACCAUGUAAGUCCAUCUGAUCUUGAUUCAAAACAGUUGUAAAGCUACUGUGCUGUGAAGGUAGUGGAAAGGUGGGGUAGUCAUCAGUGUGGGUGGGCUCUGGCACUUUGAGGCUGAUACGUCAACACUGAGUCCAGAGGCAGAUCACAAUACUGCGAGGGUACUUUUCAUAUUGAACCAAAAUUAAGCCUUCCCGCUCCGUCUAUACACGAAGGGAUGAAUAAAAUAAUGGCAACUUUAAUUCUGUCAUCUGAGAACUGAUUACGCUCCGUGUGUUCCCCAAGGACUGAACACCACUUUUGUGGUUUAUCACGUUUAAAAUCCUGGUCGCAGCACCAACGCAUUUCUACUAUCACUGUCAAUAACCGCCAUGUUUCUGUUGACGUGACGCAAAUGCUGACCAGGUGUGUUUACAAUCUGAUGAAAGCUGAUAAGAGACGAGGAUUGCCAUUUUAUUUUGGACGGGGGAAGCGGCAUUCCCCUCAGCCAAUUUCAAUAAGCCUCUUAGUCACAUGGGGAAAGUAUAAAUAAAAGGGUCUGAUGGGCUUGGCCGGAGAGUAGGGUUAAACAAAGGAGAGGUUAUUUUAAUAUCUGUCAACACUGUAAUCUUUCAUGUCUGUGUCAAUCAACACUGUGUAAUCUUUAUCUGUGUCAAUCAACACUUCCGAUACUAGGAGCAUGAUCACCAUGCUGGCUCCUCACGGUACAUCUGUUGGUAUACACAGUUACCAAAUGUUGUCAGUGGCCAUGUUUCUAUCCACAGUUUUCAUGCGAGUUAAGUCAUACCAUAAAAAUAAAAAUCACGACAGCUGUGAUGGAAACAGGAAGUUUCGGUACAAUUGCAUAAAUGCCGACAUUUGUUCAUUCGACAUGGUGGGAUGUUUUUGUCGAUUUUAAAAUGAAUUAUGCGAGAAAUGGCGGUGGAAACCCCUUUUAUGCGCAAAUACUGAGAUGAUAUGGUGUGUGUGUGGUCCUCCCACUACGACUCAGGAAAGCAUGCCGUUUAUUAGGCUACAGAUGAAGUAAGUUAUUUACUUCACAUGAUGGUGGAAGUGCACGUGAUAAGCUUGAUGCUCCUUUCCAAUAAGUAUUGAGGGUCUUAUUCUGGUGACAUGAUGCUCGAUGCUUGGCUGCUGUUUGACAAAAAUAAGAGUGGGCACAUUUUGCUAUAUAACGCAAUAGUUUUUGUGACAAAACCAUCAGUAGAGUUUAAAAUGGGAUGGAAACCCAUUUAACUAGUAUUUUUCCUUUCGGGGAAUUUAACAGUAAAAGUAAUUUUUAUGUGCUCUACGUCAUCACCAAUAAGUCAGUUUGAUGGAAUCGCAUCUCUGGUGGGAAAAUGCGCAUAUUAUUUUAUGCAGAUUUGAGAAUAUUCGCAUGAAAAUCUGUCGCAAAUUGGAUGGAAACCCUAGCUACUGACUGAAUCCAAUAGGACGCUGAAACAACGUGUUGCUGUUACACUGCAUUGGACUUUAUGAAACGCAUAGGCAGUGACCCAGUUUGUGUGUGUGUGUGUGUGUGUGUACACAGUGUGGGGACGUGCUCUAUGAGAAGAGACACUAUGAGAAGGCCCACUGGGCGUGCUUCACGGUUCGCGAGGACACCUACGAGCAGAGCAUCUGUUACGGCUUCAUGAAGCUCAUGAGAUACAUCUGCCAGCAGAACUCCUCAGGUGAGACCAAAGCAGCCUUCACAGGAGUCAUUGAGACUAUAUUCUUCUAACGUCAUCCAUGUUUAGCCAGAUCUACUGCAGACUCCUGACUGUCGGUUGUCCAUGUCCUGUCCUUAGGUAGCUAUCUGGGUAUGACUAUCCCUAUCCUGACUGUGAUCCGCACGGACGAGAACCACUCCGUCUUGUCCAGGGACGUCACUGUGGCCUACUACCUGCCCACAGAAUAUCAAGCCCAGCCACCCCUGCCUUCUGACACUGAAAUAAGCAUUGAGGAAUGGCCUGCCACCAUUGUCUACACAAGGUAGGAGUUUGGAAUUGUCUUGUGCUGCUUGCUCAAUUUUAUGGCAAUACAAUAUGAAAGUAGAUGCAUUAUAAACUUCAAAUUGUAAUCCUUACUGGAGCCACUGUCAGUUUGAGGCAUAAACAAGUUCCCAGCUUCUAGCAAAGCGUGAGUGAAUUUCAAAUAUUUUCUGCCUGCAGUUAGUCAAGAAGUUAGCUUGCUGGUUCUCGUAACCCGGAACCAAAUCUCACAUACAGUUGAAGUCGGAAGUUUACAUACACUUAGGUUGGAGUCAUUUAAAACUUGUUUUUCAACCACUCCACAAAUUUCUUGUUAACAAACUAUAGUUUUGGCAAGUCGGUUAGGACAUCUACUUUGUGCAUGACACAAGUAAUUUUUCCAACAAUUUACAGACAGAUUAUUUAACUUAAUUCACUGUAUCACAAUUCCAGUGGGUCAGAAGUUUACAUACACUAAGUUGACUGUGCCUUUAAACAGCUUGGAAAAUUCCAGAAAAUGAUGUCAUGGCUUUAGAAGCUUCUGAUAAUGGCUAAUUGACAUCAUUUGAGUCAAUUGGUGGUGUACCUGUGGAUGUAUUUCAAGGGCUACCUUCAAACUCAGUGCCUCUUUGCUUGACAUCAUGGGAAAAUCUAAAGAAAUCAGCCAAGACCUCAGAAAACAAAUUGUAGACCUCCACAAGUCUGGUUCAUCCUUGGGAGCAAUUUCCAAAUGCCUGAAGGUACCACGUUCAUCUGUACAACCAAAUAGUACGCAAGUAUAAACACCAUGGGACCACACAGCAGUCAUACCGCUCAGGAAGGAGACGCGUUCUGUCUCCUAGAGAUGAACGUACUUUGGUGCAAAAAGUGCAAAUACAUCCCAGAACAACAGCAAAGGACCUUGUGAAGAUGCUGAAGGAAACCGGUAUAAAAGUAUCUAUAUCCACAGUAAAACGAGUCCUAUAUCGACAUAACCUGAAAGGCCGCUCAGCAAGGAAGAAGCCACUGCUCCAAAACCGCCAUAAAAAAGCCAGACUACGGUUUGCAACUGCACAUUGGGACAAAUAUUGUACUUUUUGGAGAAAUGUCCUCUGGUGUGAUGAAAAAAAAAUAGAACUGUUUGGCCAUAAUGACCAUCGUUAUGUUUGGAGGAAAAAGGGGGUAGCUUGCAAGCCGAAGAACACCAUCCCAACCGUGAAGCACAAGGGUGGCAGCAUCAUGCUGUGGGGGUGCUUUGCUGCAGGAGGGACUGGUGCACUUCACAAAAUAGAUGGCAUCAUGAGGAAUGAAAAUUAUGUGGAUAUAUUGAAGCAACAUCUCAAGACAUCAGUCAGGAAGUUAAAGCUUGGUCGCAAAUGGGUCUUCCAAAUGGACAGUGACCCCAAGCAUACUUCCAAAGUUGUGGCAAAAUGGCUUAAGGACAACAGUCAAGGUAUUGGAGUGGCCAUCACAAAGCCCUGACCUCAAUCCUAUAGAACAUUUGUGGGCAGAACUGAAAAAGUGUGUGCGAGCAAGGAGGCCUACAAACCUGACUCAGUUACACCAGCUCUGUCAGGAGGAAUGGGCCAAAAUUCACCCAACUUAUUGUGGGAAGCUUGUGGAAGGCUACUUUGAAACUUUUGACCCAAAUUAAACAAUUUAAAGGCAAUGCUACUAAUUGAAUGUAUGUAAACUUCUGACCCACUGGGAAUGUGAUGAAAGAAAUAAAAGCUGAAAUAAAUCACUCUCUACUAUUAUUCUGGCAUUUCACGUUCUUAAAAUGGUCCUCUGUAGCUCAGCUGGUAGAGCGCGGCGCUUGUAACGCCAAGGUAGUGGGUUCGAUCCCCGGGACCACCCAUACACAAAAAUGUAUGCACACAUGACUGUAAGUCGCUUUGGAUAAAAGCGUCUGCUAAAUGGCAUAUUAUUAUUAUAUUAUUAUUAUUAUUAUUAUAUUAUAUUAUUAUAUUAUUAUUAUUAUUAUAAAAUAAAGUGGUGAUCCUAUCUGACCUAAAACAGGGAAUAUUUACUAGGAUUAAAUGUCAGGAAUUGUGAAAAACUGAGUUUAAAUGUAUGUGGCGAAGGUGUAUGUAAACUUCCGACUUCAACUGUAUGUAACUAGCAAGCUACUUGAUUGGACACAAACAUCAAGUCAGUCACGAGGCUAUCUAGCUAAAGUUAAUUACAUUAUUUCAGUCGGCCACCAGUCCCAAUACAUUUAUGCUAGCAACGAUAUCGUUGCAUCAUGCUUCCAAAAAUUACAGUGGCUGCAGUUUUGUUUUCAUUUAGCCUAUUGUGACAUUCACUUUCAUAGCAUAUUGUAUUGGACAAUCUCAAAGCAGAGUCUGUUCAAAAGCCUCAGGAAUUUCCACAGCAGAAGGAGAGUAAGGAAGUUAGAAUACCUCCAGUGUUAGACCUGCACCUGCAAACACAUACCUCCCUUAAUUGAAUCAAAGCUCAUUCGAUUCCUGUGUGCCCCUUUCUCCCUCCAGGUCCUUCACUGGGGCCACAAACGAGGUCACCAUCAUCAAUGAGAUCAGCGUCAUGGCGGAAAUGCUCGACUCCCCCGCCACGCACGUGAAUGACUCAUUCAUCGUGGCCGGCUACACCAACCCUGCGGCGGCGAACCGACAGAACGAGAUUUGGUUCCUGGAGCGGCCUUGAGGGUCAGCCUAACCUUGGCCCGUCUUCCUAAACAUGACCCACCCGACAGCCCCGACCUUAUCCGAUCCUACUGAUUCACCCCUAAUGGACACCCUUCCUGUUCUAGAGAGAAGAGACGUAGGGACUUUGCUGAAAAGGGUCCUUAUUACCAGUCCUGUGCCAGGCUGCAUCCUUUGGGUCCAUGAACACCUUUGCGAUAGAGCAACUAGUCUAAAGAUUUUACUCUGCUGUUUUCCUCACAUUGUCAGGGCUUGACAUUAACUUUAAGUCCCUUGUCCUUCGGACGAGUAGGACAGAUUUUCUUACUUGUCCGAAAGCUCAAGUCACGUGUCCCCCCCCAAAAAAUGGUCUGCAACAACAUUUUUACAUCAUUGUAUGAUGCAAGGAACCACUUUACAAAAUAAAAUAGAGAAUCAGAUAAACGUGUAGGAUACCAUCUGCCUAUAGGCUUCUUUGCCUGUCUCAAAAUACAACACUGC